AGACUGAGCCUGUCGUUACUCACCUGAGCCCAGGCAGGGGCUGGGGCCUCUGAAGAGCUGACAGCCCAACUUCUUAUGGUCCAUGAAGGCAGUGAUAGCUUCCAACGGGAAGGUCUGCAGGCAGCGGCCGCAGAUAUUUGCAGAGCACGCGUGUGCCAGGCCCUAGGAAAGCCGAGGGUCUCAGUUUUGUAAACCUGGCCAGCAGGGAGAGCUGGAGGACAAAAUGACCCUCUCUCGUCCAUCCCAGCUGCUGUCCUUUAAGCCUAUUUCCCCGUCCGCGGCUGCAGAUAGCACGAUUUCAAGGUUGCCCCGGGGGAGGUGGCGUUGCCCCGGGAAGUGCGGGGUAGGAGCGUGUCGGUGCCGCGGGCGGGGGCCAAACGCUAAGCUCUGCCCUUGACCCAGCCGCGGGGAAGACUUUCCCUCUACGAGCCUCAGUUUCGUGCUCCGUAAAAUGGGCAUCCCAGACGCCCCCAACUAACAGGCUGGCCGGUCAAGGUGCUGGCGGGGCGGUGACCAGGGCGGUGCCCGGAGCCAAGCCUCCCUGCCGGCCGCGACCACGUGGGGCGGCGGCGGCGGCGGCGGCGGCAGCGGCGCGGGCGGAACCCAGGCUCGGAGGCUUGCGGUCCGCCCGGGCCUCUGCAGCGGGGGCCCCGGCGGAAGUGUGGGCGCCAGAAGCUGUGAACCUGGGUCACACCUUGGCUCCAAAACCCUCAAGGGCUUCCCCUGGACUGUGGAAAAUGUUUGUCCUUGUCAUAGGGUAGGGUGAGGGCCCCUGCUCCAUUGGCUGUAGGCCCUGUUGGCUCCCUUGCCUGCCACUCUGCAACCUGUAUCAGUUAUUGGCGGACACAACAUCUUUGUUUUUAUGUGGUGCUGAGGAUCGAACCCGGGCCGCACGCAUGCCAGCCAGCAUAAUGCAGACUCCAUUGGCCAUUCCUGUGCCUGUGCUCCGGCUCCCCCGGGGCCCCGACGGCUUGAGUCGUGGCUUUGCCCCUGAUGGACGCAGGGCCCCUCUGAAGUGCGUAGCUACUGAAAUCCAAGAGUGUCCCAUCCUUCAAGAAUCUCCAGAAUCCCAGGAACAGCGGGCCCGAGCUGCCCUUCGGGAGCGCUACCUCCGCAGCCUGCUGGCCAUGGUGGGUCGCCAGGUGAGCUUCACACUGCACGAGGGUGUGCAUGUGACUGCCCACUUUGGAGCCACUGACCUGGAUGUGGCCAACUUCUACGUGUCGCAGCUGCAGACUCCCAUAGGUGUGCAGGCUGAGGCACUGCUUCGAUGUAGUGACAUUAUUUCAUACACCUUCAAGCUGUGAAGACAAUAUUGUGGUCACCCUUCUGCUGUGGGCUUAGCCACAGUAUCGCAGGCCUCCAAAUGUUCCUGAGCCAGGCACUGUGGACCCCACAGAGUUCUGAGCUCCCUGGGAAUUUUGAACCAAGCACCUCUGGAUUUUUGAGGCCUCCAGGGUCUAGUUGUAAAAGUCUGCAACCCUAGGAAUUCCAGAUCUCGUUGAAAGGAAUGCUCUACCUUGCAGAACUCUGGACUCUACAGAAAUAUGGGCCAGUGCCAGUUCCUGAAGACCCGGGUGGGAGGGUGGGGGCUGGAGAAAGAUGAACUGCAUUGGAGAGGUUGCAGAAUUCAACCACCCUGAAGAUAACGCCCCAAAGCUCCCCUCCUGCCAAAUAACCAAUUAUCCCAGGAAAAUUUGACUCCUGUUUUUCAUUUUCUAUGUACUCCAUGGGGGAUGGAGUCAAAUUUAGGAGUUGUUAGAAUGGUUAUCCAAGGGCAGAAUCCUGUGGGGCUGGAUACAGAUGGUGAGGAGCUUGGAUAAAGGUGCAGGGAUUGUGUCACCCCGGGUCCCAGGGAUGGCUGGAGCCCCCUGAAUGGGGGCUCAGGACCUAAUUUUGGGGUGGGCCCGAUGGACCUUUAUAAGGCGACGGGCAUGGCUCUUAUUGAGUCACUUGGUCCUGCACAGGUGCUCAUGGCAAGCUUCAGAUUUUGCUUUUCUGUUCCAUACUGGGGGGGAUGCUGUGAUCUUGUGUGGUGGUGUCACUAAGAAGAGGCUGGAGAUUAAAAGAUAGCCUGAAGCUUUGACUUUCCUCUA